GGCGGCGGCGGCGGGCAGGCUUCCUGCGGCCGCCUUUGCGCUGACCCCAGCAUGGCGGUGAUGGGGGUGCAGGUGGUGGUGAGCCUGCUGGCGGCCAGCCUGAUGCAGAGGAUGGCCCCGCACUGCUCCUUCGCUCGCUGGCUGCUCUGCAACGGCAGCCUGCACCGCUACAAGCACCCCUCGGACGAGGAGCUCUGCGCCCUGGCAGGGAAGCAGCGUCCCAAGAGCAAGAGGGACAGGAGGGUGAAUGGAGUGACGGACGACAAACCCCUGUCCGUGCCCAGGGACAUCGACCUGCACCUGGACACCAGCCCCAUCACCGCCGUGGAUGCUCUCGUGCUGCGCUACUUCCUGGACUACCAAUGGUUCGUGGACUUCGCUGUCUACUCCACCGCUGUCUACAUCUUCACCGAGGGCUACUACUGCUUGGUGGACCCCCAGAAGGAGACCAACAUCGGCGUGCUCUGGUGCCUGCUGACAGUUGUCUUCUCCAUCAAGGUCUUCUUCACGCUGAUGUGCCACUACUUCCGCUCGGAGGAGGGGGGCGAGCGCUCCGUCUGCCUCACCUUCGCCUUCUUCUUCCUCCUCCUCGCCAUGCUGGCCCUGGUCAUCCGUGAGGACUACCUGGAGUUUGGCCUGGAGCCCGGGCUGGCCGGAGUCAGCAGCAGCCUGGAGAAGAUGCUGAAGCAGCAGGGCUGGGAGUGGACGUUGCCCCUGGCCAAGUUGGCCUUCAAGCUGGGGCUGGUGGCCCUCUGCUCCUUCCUGGGUGCCUGCCUGACCUUCCCGGGGCUGCGCCUGGCACAGACCCACCUGGAUGCCCUGCAGCUGGCAGCUGACAAGCCCCUGGCCCAGGUCCUGCUGCACCUGAGCUUCCUGGCGCCUGUGCUGGUGGUGGUGAUGUGGAUCAAGCCUAUCUCCAGGGACUUCCUGCUGCAUGCACCCAUGGGCAAGCAGACAGUGCAGAUCCUGUCAGACUCGGCCUACAACACCGCUCGGCUCUGGGCCAUCGUGGGGCUGUGCCUGCUGCGCCUGGCUGGCACCCGCUGGCACCUGCAGGCCUACCUGGGGCUGGCCCAGCGCUGGGUGCAGCAGAUGAGGAGGGAAGCAGGCAGGAUCCCUGCCCUGGAGAUCCAGCGCAAGGUCACCAGGAUCUACUGCUACGUCUCAGUGGUCAGCCUGCAGUACCUGGGACCCAUCAUCCUCACCCUGCACUGCACCCUGCUGCUCAAGACCCUGGGGCAGCACUCGUGGGGGCUGUACCCCGAGCCCCCUGCUGCGCCGCCGGCAGCCGCAGCGUGGCCGCAGCGUGCGGCGGGGCAGGGGCAGGAGGACGUCCGCCUGGCAGUGGAGCAGGUCACAGGCGUCUUGGGCACCAUCCUCACCCCCCUCUUCCUCCGAGGCCUCUUUGCCUUCCUCACCUGGUGGGUGGCUGCCUGCCAGGUGGUCACCAGCCUCUUCGGCCUCUACUUCCACCAGUACCUGGCAGCCUCCUGACGGGGGGCGCUGGGCCGUGGCUGUGGGCGCAGUGGGUGCCCAGCUGCUGC